GAAAUAAGUUAUCAAAAGUGAAAUUUUUUCAUGUUGAUGAUUUGCUCGUUGAUAAUUUGCUUAAAACUUAAACAAGGUAAUCCUAAUUGUUCGUUUGUUGCGUUUGAAAAAAAUGGACCUGAGAAAAAUGAAGAACGAUGAAAAAUUAAGCUUAUGCAGGUGGUAUUAUCGAGGUGGAUUCUUCUUUCUGCCUUUUUUGUGGUUCGUGAAUGCUAUUUGGUUUUUCAAUGAAGCCUUUCGAAAAAGUUUUUAUGAAGAACAGCGAAUGAUUAGAGCAUAUGUUAUUCGUUCAGCAAUAGGAGCAGCUGUAUGGGCUGCAGGCCUCAUAACUUGGAUUGUGAUAUUUCAGUUAAAUCGAGCAGAUUGGGGAGAAUUUGCUGAUUCUCUGUCAUUUAUUAUUCCUGUAGGAAUUCCAUAGUUCUCCAACAUUAUGUUUUUAAUUUAUUUAUGUAUGUUUGUAUGUUGUUUAUUUUUAAUUCAAGUAUUAUGUUUUUGUAAAUAAAUAUUUUUUUAUUGAA